GGAAGGCCCCCAAGAUGGCGAUGCUGGCGGAACCCCGGAGAAGGCAGAAAUGGUCCGUGGAUCCACGGAACAGCGCUUGGAGCAACGAUGACUCCAAAUUUGGCCAGAAGAUGCUGGAAAAGAUGGGCUGGUCCAAAGGAAAGGGUCUCGGGGCUCAGGAGCAAGGAAAUCCAGAACACAUCAGAGUUAAGGUGAAAAACGACGUGCUGGGAUUGGGAGCUACCAUCAAUCACGAGGACAACUGGAUUGCUCAUCAGGAUGACUUCAACCAGCUUCUGGCUGAGCUGAAUAACUGCCAUGGACAGGGUGAAACAGAAUUCUCAGUGAAAAAGCAGAAAAAGACAUUCAGCCUCGAAGAAAAAUCCAAAUCUUCCAAGAAACGUGUCCAUUAUAUGAAGUUUGCCAAAGGUAAGGAUCUCUCAUCACGCACUGAACAGGACCUGUCCUGCAUUUUUGGGAGAAGGCAGAAGAGUGCCAAGAUCCAGGAGGAUAUUGCUGAUCCUGACUCCCAGGAAGAGAAGGAAAGGAGCAACUGUCUCUCCAACCCUGGAGAUGGCUCCAAUACAGUGAAGAGUGCUCUCACUGUCCAGGAAUAUUUUGCCAAGCGCAUGGCAAAGCUGAAGGGAUCCCAGCAGGAAACAGAACCAAAGGUGGAUCAUUCCAGCCCAACUGCUGAAGAAGCUGUGGAGCCUUCAGAAGAGCUGGAAACCAAAGUCAAAAAGAAAAAGAAGAAGCACAAGAAAGAUGAUGAGGCAGAAAGGACAGAGGACUGUGAGAAACCAUGGAAAAAGGCUAAGACAGGGAGCUUGAAUGGAAAAGAACUGGAUGAUCCACUAAAUGAAUGUCACAAAAGGAAAAAAAAGAGGAAACAUAAAGAGGAAAACAAAGGAGAAAACAUCAGUUGUGAUGAAAAUACGGGCAGUGGAGAAACUUCUGUGGGAAUGUGUGAGGGGGAAGAGCUCAGCGCAGAGGAGCAGGAGGAAAAGCAGAAGAAACGCCACAAGAAGCACAAAAAGCAAAAAGAGGAGACAGGGGAGUGUGGGGAAGGAGCACCCAGAAAGAAAAAGAAGCACUGCAAGAACUUUUAACCCUUUCAGGCUCAGGGGUGAGUCUGUGUUAGAGGAGGCUCUGUGUAAACACAGCACCAGUCCAGGCUUGGACACUGCUCCUGCUCCAGCUGGGGCUGACUGGAUCUGAACACAAGCUGGAUCUAAACACAGGCUGGAUCUAAACUCAGACUGGAUCUAAACACAGGCUGGAUCUAAACACAGGCUGGAUCUAAACUCAGACUCUUAUCUAAACCCAGCUCUCCCAAGGGAAAACGUGGUGACGGGCCAACAGGAGCUUCAGUGCCACUUUCAAAAGGGAUCCACGUGGAGGAUCAACACAUCAAGACUGUGAAAGGCAGGGGAUGACUUUCUGCUGCUUCACCUGACUGUGUUUUUCUCAAUCCAGGAAAAAAAAAAAUAAAAAUCACCCUAGUACUGCC